AUGAGCCAUCCUUACGACCAUCUCCCCGGCAUCCACGAUGGCAGCACCUACAAUCAGGAUUUGACCCGCCAACGUGCGGCAUCCAGCAGCAUCGGCAACCCCUCUGUCGUAAGGGCUCCCGCCACCAUUAAUAAUAGUAGUAAUGUUGUCCCAGUGAGUCGAGUCGAGACCCCCAGCCGUCCUGCAUUCUUCUCGAGAAACCGGUCGAUGUCCAGAUCCUCCAGCCAGCGCCAAAUGAUAAAACCCUUGAUCUCUCUCACUCCCUUGUCCAGCUCAACCUCCGCCGAUUCUACAGCCGCUUCCGCGACGGUGACGGUGACGGCGGCGACAACAACAACAACAACAGCUACAACAACAACAACAACUACUACUACUACUACUACUUCUACGACUUCUGCUACGAAUACGGCCGCCAAUUCUCCAGAACGGCGUCUGCCCAGAGAGCCCUCCACCAAACGCAAGGGACCAAGCGCUCGCAGUAACAUCAAAGGCAGAGGGAUCUCGCGGCUGAUCAUUCCAUCCCUUUCCUCCAACCAUUCGAGUUAUCUCACCUCCCCCAGUGACCCCCAAGCGGCUCCCCCCACGCCUAUGGAGGCGUCGACCUCCUCCUGGGGCAAAUCCCCCAGUGCCGCAAAUGCAGGUCCGGACCCGUUCCUCAGCUAUGGCGCGUUAUCAAUGCCAGCGGUAUCGUCAAGUGGAGGUUCAUAUGGCCCGCAGAGUGCCAGUUCAAUCUAUGCUAACAUCCACCAAAUGUCGUCAAAGCGGAUAUCGACGCUUGAUUAUUUGCGAAAGGCUCACGAAGGCCGAGUCUACUGGUUCAACACAGUCCACUUCUCAAAAUCAGACCUCUCCCGACUCUCAUACUUCGAACAACGGAAACUCUCCCGCCGCGCAACCAACUAUCUCCUCCUAGGCCUCUCCCUCCCCCCCAUCCUCGACGUCAACUCAACCCCAUUCGAAUACCUCCGCGCCUUGAACGCCCUUCUCCUCGAAUUCGAAACAUUCCAACAAGCCCACCCGGCCGACGGGAACACCUCCUCCUCCCUCACCCGCGCACGGAUACCCCACAUGUUCAAACGCUCCGUCCACUCAGGCACCAAGACCCGGCGCACGAGCUCAGCCACGGAAAUCGGCCUGCCCAUGCAAACAACCGACCCAUCCGACAUCAAAGCCAUGACCGGCAACAUCGCGACGUCGAUCAAUUCUACGUCCUCGGCCGCUUCCUACCCUUCCAACUCGGACUCCUCGGACCUCUUACCAGGCGAGGAAUACACGUACCUCCUCACGCCGACUCUGCCGUUCGAUCCGGACUUCUUUCAGACGUUUUCGUCGCUCUGCGACGUGCUGAUUGAUUGCUACACGCGACUUAUGGCGUUGGUUUCGGGGCCGUCUGUUUGCACUGCUGUUGUUGGGGAGAUGUUUAACAAGGCUGAUGCGAGGCUGCGGAAGGUGAUGAUUGCCGGUGUGGUGAGGGAGUUUGAGGAUGCUAGUCGCAGUAAAGUCAGAUCGGAGGCGGCAGGCGUGAGCAAGGUGGUCCUUGGAGGGCUCCUGGGUUGA